GGCGGGGCUCUCUGGGAGGGAGGCCGCCGGUCGCCAUGGCCACAGCAACAGACCAGGUGGUUGGAUUCGGCUUGGUCGCCUUCAGCGCCCUCCUCUUCGUGUACUACACCCUCUGGAUCAUCGCACUGCCCUUCAUCGACAGCGACCACAGCAUCCACCAGUACUUCUUGCCCAGGGAGUACGCGGUUCUCAUCCCCGUGGUGGCCGGGCUGCUGCUGCUGUUAUUUAUAGGUAUUUUUAUAACGGUUGUGAUGUGGAAGAACAGGAAACCUGCCAAGAAAUCGGACUGAAGGGGGGUGAGAAGGGGCCAGAGCCAAGAAAAGACUUUGCCCACAGCCCCGAGCAGACAGUGCUCAGCACCAAACCCUCCUUCCUGCAGAGACAAACCCGUUUACACUGUACUGACCAAAGGAACCAAUCCUGACAUUCAGGGCUCAUCGAGAGAGGGACCAGAGCCCUGCUGUGAGGGACCUGCUGCAAGCUGGGGCUGUGCUCUGGGCUGCAGUGGCUGGGGGCUGACAUCCACCCUCUGCUCCAGCCUCUGGGUGAUCCUUACCCGCUGCUCUUGUUGGGUCCAGUGUGUUCCUCCUGUGUCCUUAUUAAAUGUUCACCUAUGGUUUG